AUGGCGCGUGAGAGGGCUGAGGCGGAGCUGCGUGCCAGGGUGGAGCAGCUGCGCAGGGACGAGGAGGACUGCCACGCUAGGCUGGCGGCUGCGGACGUGACCGCCACCGCCUUCUCCAGGGUCAUCAUCUGGGCGGAGGUGGAAGACUCGAAGGCGGCGAUGAAGCAGGCCGAGGCGCGGCGUGUCGACGCCGAGAGGCGGGAGCGUGAGGCCAUCGUGGCGGCCAUGGUGGGGGUUGCUGCCGAGCUGGAGUCUCUGAAAAAGGAGAAGGCCGCCCACGGCGCCGUCACUGUCGCUGCCGGGGCGGCCGACGUCAGGUGCUGCUUCAUCAUGGAGCCGUCCGAGACGGCAGCGCCGCCGCGCCAGGAGCUGGCGUGCUUGGACGCCGUGCGGCCGCAAGAGGAGGAGGAUGUGCCAGCGGGACAUGCGGAGGGCAACGUGCUGGGCGGGGAGCGGCCACUGCAGGCCCUCACGACGAGCGCCAAGAUCGAGGCGGGGGAGGCGCCCCAUGGCCGUCCAGGCCAGGAGCCGCAGCCAACCCCUGCCUGUGGGGCCACAAAUCAGGGCCAAGACCAG